AUGAUCAUUCACUCAGUCAAGUUCGAGGGCAAAAUCAUCGAAACUACUGUGACAAAUAAGGCCAAUGUGGCUGAUGAUUGGAUGCGUAGUAUCAAGAGGUUGUUAAAGCAACAUCAAGGCCAUCAAAUCAUUGGAAUGAGCUGCAAAUUCAUUCAUCAUCCAAUUCUGUCUAUGAGCAACAAAACUGCACUGUUGCAGCUAUGCUUCCAAACAAAAUGCCUCAUUCUUCAACUCCUACACAUGGAUUCCAAUCCUCUAGCUUUGAGGGAUUUCCUCAGUGACUCUAACACUACGUUUGUUGGCAAUGACAUUCGGAAGAACUCACAGAAACUUCAACAAGAGUAUGCAGUCCGUGUUAGCCGUAUAGUCGACAUACAUUAUCUAGCCGAGAAGUGGUUUCCUGUGAGCUAUAAAGGUAAACCUAGUAUGAGGGCUCUCGCUUAUGGCAUUGUUGGAUUCUCUGUGAGGAAAUGCAGAGAUAGAGGUAACAUCAAAGGAGACUGGGAAUCAAGAUUUCUCGAUACUGAGUUGAUCGAGCAAGCAUGUGUUGAUGCCUACACAUCUUACAGUAUUGCUCACAAAUUGCUUAAAGAUGGCUAG